UGUGAUUUCACUGGUUAUACAUUAUAUAUUAUUUUACAUCAAUUAUUCUUUACUGCUUACGCUGUUUAUGUACUGGUCAUUGAUAUUAGUGAAGACUUGGAAGCGCCUCUUGAAUUGUCUAAAGAUGACACACUUGUGACUGAAUUACAUAAAGGAGAUUUAAGUACAUUAAAUAUAAUCCAUAUGUGGCUGACUAUUAUUCAUUCAACAGUUGGUCGAUACCCGACAUCAACGGAAAUAGAAAAAGAAGAGGAAUGGGAUAAUCAAACAAAACUUCAGCCUCAGGUCCUAUUAGUGGCCACACAUCGCAACUCAGUUCAUGUCGAACCUAUAACUAGGGAUCAGAUUAUAAAAGAAUCGUUUGAAAAGAUAUAUUCAAGUUUAGAGGGAAAGACUUAUAAAAACCAUUUAAAUGAAAAUUAUUUGGCUUUAGAUUGUGAUGAGAUGUCAUAUGACGAACCAAUACUAUUAAAUGAAUUAAAAGCUAAUAUCGAGAAAAUUGUAAUAAAGGAGAAGUUAGUAAACUUUGACAUCCCUGCGCCGUGGAUGGAGUUCGAACAGAUCCUUGAAAAACUUAAACAAAGAGGCAUUUAUUUUGCAGACAUCAAUCAGUUGCAUGAGUUUGCCUGUUCUCGCAUCGAUGCCUUUCAAUCAUACGAUGCUCUGAACGCUGCCCUUCACUUCUACCACAAUCAGGGAAAGGUGUUUUGUGUUGACCACAUCGGAUAUUUUUCACUUUUUGAAUCUCAAAACGCUUACGAUUCCGGUAUCAUUAUAUUAGAUCCCAUUUGGUUUCUUCAAUGCAUUUAUAAAUUAUGCUCUUAUAUUAAACAAGUGUCUGACGAUGACAAUGCACAAGGACGCGCCCGAUAUUACCGCAAACACAUCUGUGCCUAA